AAGAAGAAAGAGUCAAACAAUGCUCCUAAUUUUUGAUAACAAACUGAAAUUAUUGUAAAAUCCCCGAGAAGUUGGAACAAAUAAACGAUGGAGACGCUACCUGAGGUGCCGGAGGUGCCGCUGCGCCCGUUUAAAUUGGCGCAUCAGGUUGUGAGUCUCACGGGCAUCAGUUUCGAGAGAAAGAGUAUAAUUGGCGUUGUGGAGCUAACCAUUGUGCCGAACAGCGAGAACCUGCGCCUCAUCCGCCUGAAUGCCAAGCAGAUGCGGAUCUACAGCGUCCUUCUGAAUGACGUCUGCCAGGCAGCGUUCGUGUACUUCGAUCCCUUCCAGGAUAUUACACACAAGGAGCCAAAGAGCCGCUCCUUGGAAGUUUACUCUAAACAUCACUUAAAGGCCGCCCAGGUGACCGAUCCGGAUGCGAACAACGGCGAGCUGUUUAUCACUGUGCCGCCGGAGGGGUAUUCGAUGAUCCAGGAGGGCCAGGGUCUGCGCAUCCGCAUCGAGUUUUCACUGGAGGACCCCAAAAGCGGUGUUCAUUUCGUUAUACCGCCGGCUUCGUCAGAUGAAGAUUCGCAGAUUAACUGUUCACACAUGUUCACCAAUUGCUAUGAGAACUCCACACGUUUGUGGUUCCCUUGCGUGGACAGCUUCGCAGAUCCUUGUACUUGGCGACUGGAGUUCACGGUGGACAAAAAUCUGACUGCAGUCUCCUGCGGAGAACUAGUGGAAGUUAUAAUGACGCCCGAUCUGCGAAGGAAGACCUUUCACUACACGGUCACCACUCCCGUGUGCGCACCCAACAUCGCCCUUGCAGUGGGCCAGUUCGAGAUCUAUGUGGAUCCGCACAUGCACGAGGUGACCCACUUCUGUCUGCCGGGCAUGCUUCCCCUGCUAAAGAACACAGUGCGCUAUUUGCAUGAAGCUUUCGAAUUUUUCGAGGAGACCCUUUCCACGCGCUACCCCUUCUCCUGCUACAAACAGGUGUUUGUAGACGAGCUGGACACGGACAUCAGUGCCUAUGCGACGAUGAGCAUUGUUUCGGUAAACCUCCUGCACUCCAUCGCCAUUAUCGAUCAGACGUACGUGUCGCGAACCUUUAUGUCGCGGGCUGUGGCCGAGCAGUUUUUCGGCUGCUUCAUCACGUCGCACCACUGGUCAGACACCUGGCUGGCCAAGGGAAUUGCAGAGUAUCUGUGCGGCCUGUAUUCUAGGAAGUGCUUCGGCAAUAACGAGUACCGUGAGUGGGUUCAAUCGGAACUGGCCCGGGUAGUUCGGUACGAGGAGCAGUACGGCGGCAUCAUUCUCGAUUGCAGUCAGCCGCCGGCCCCCCUGCCCGUCUCCAGUACCAAUCCAGCAGCGGCUGCUAGCAAGCAGCAGGAGAUUUUUCACUAUUUCCCCAUUAAGAGCUUGCACACAGUGUCGCCUAAGUAUGUGGAAGCAAUGCGACGGAAGGCGCAUUUGGUAAUUCGUAUGUUGGAGCACCGAAUCGGUCAGGAACUGCUCAUCCAGGUGUUUAACAAGCAACUGGCCCUGGCCACCAAUGCGGCGUCUACGAAGAUAGGCGCCGGACUCUGGUCGCAGCUGCUCAUCUCUACGAACAUUUUCAUCAAGGCUAUAUUCACAGUCACCGGCAAGGAUAUGUCGGUGUUCAUGGACCAGUGGGUGCGCACUGGCGGUCACGCCAAGUUCUCCCUGACCUCGGUGUUCAACCGCAAGAGGAACACCAUAGAGUUGGAGAUUCGACAGGACUUUGUGAAUCAGCGGGGCGUAAGGAAGUAUAAUGGUCCGUUGCUGGUGCAGCUUCAGGAGUUGGAUGGCACCUUUAAGCACACUCUGCAGAUUGAGAAUACAUUGGUGAAGGCGGACAUUACCUGUCACUCGAAGAGCAGGCGUAACAAGAAGAAAAAGAUCCCGCUGUGCACUGGCGAGGAGGUGGACAUGGAUUUAUCAGCAAUGGACGACUCACCCGUGCUUUGGAUACGUCUCGAUCCGGAGAUGAUUCUGCUGCGUGACUUGAUCAUUGAGCAACCGGAUUUCCAGUGGCAAUACCAACUCCGUCACGAGCGCGAUGUUACUGCCCAGUUUCAGGCCAUUCAGGCUCUACAAAAGUACCCCACAAAUGCGACUAGACUCGCUCUGACCGACACCAUCGAGAGCGAGCGCUGCUUCUUCAAGGUGCGCUGUGAGGCAGCCCAUAGCCUAACCAAGGUCGCCAACCAGAUGGUGGCUUCCUGGAGCGGUCCACCAGCUAUGCUGAAUAUAUUCCGAAAAUUUUUCGGAUCCUUCAGUGCGCCGCACAUAAUCAAGCUGAACAAUUUUUCCAACUUCCAGCUGUAUUUCCUGCAAAAGGCGAUACCCGUGGCCAUGGCAGGUCUGCGGACAUCGCACGGCAUUUGCCCACCGGAAGUUAUGCGCUUCCUCUUUGAUCUCUUCAAGUAUAACGAGAACUCGCGCAACCACUACACGGAUGCCUACUACAGAGCCGCUUUGAUUGAAGCCUUGGGUGAAACUCUGACCCCAGUGGUGUCCGUGGCGAUGCAUGGUACUCAAAUUACCACAGACAGUCUUUCCACAGAUGCCAAACUGGUGCUGGAUGAAGUGACUCGUCUGCUGAAUUUGGAGAAGCAUCUCCCCUCGUACAAGUACAUGGUUUCUGUGUCCUGCCUGAAGGUUAUCCGUAAGCUGCAGAAGUUCGGUCACCUGCCUUCGCUGCCGCAUAUUUACCGCAGCUAUUCGCAAUAUGGAAUUUUUUUGGAUCUCCGCAUCGCAGCUAUGGAAUGUCUUGUCGACUUCGUAAAGGUAGACGGGCGCAGUGAGGACCUGGACCACUUGAUCACGCUACUAGAGACCGAUCCCGAUCCGGCUGCCCGUCAUGCUUUGGCCCAGCUGCUGAUCGACAACCCGCCCUUCACACGUGAGUCGCGAAGUCGAUUGGACAAGCCAAACCUUGUGGAUCGUCUGUGGCUGAGCAUUAACACUCUGGGUAACGACACCAAGUUGCGCUGCGACAUCGUUGAUCUGUACUAUGCCUUAUACGGUAACAAGCGACCGAAUUGCCUGCAGGCCAGCGAGAAUACCAAUUUCUACAAGGAUCUGAUGAAAGAUAAUAGCACUAGUGGUUACAAGAAAAGCCUCGAUUCGAAACCGCCUCCCCCACUAGGCGAAAGCCUAGACAAUGAGCCGCAAGAGCGACAUAAGCCCGGCAUGGUCACCAUCAAGCGCACGGCCACCGAGGCCUUCGAGGUGGGUGAUGAAAUCAUCAAGCUGGAGCGCAGUGAGGAAAUCACCGUCCUGGAUGAUCCAGUCAAUGUUGAGGCCUACGAUAGCGAGACCAAAGUGAAGAUCCAUCCUGCAGAUGACGAAGCUCCCGAGACCCAUCAGCUCACGAAGCGGAUGAAGACCGAAAUCUACGCUGAGGACGAUAACUCCUCAAUGAUGCUUGACGUGGCCGACUCCACGCGAUACGAGAGCAGCUACGACGAGAGCAAGUUCAAGUCCGGCGACGGAUUGCUUAAGAAGAAGAAAAAGAAGGACAAGAAGAAGCACAAGCAUAAACACAAGCACAAGCACAACAAGGAUAAGGACAAGGAGCGGGAUCGCAAGGAUAAGGAAAAGCGGGAUCCGCAGAUCUCGCGAAUACAGGCACGCGAGGCAGCCACUCCGGAUACGCUCAGCUCGGCGGACAGCAGCAAUAGCCACAGCAAUUCGCCCUUCGGCCUGAACUAAGUGAGGGUUUCGAUGGAUGAAGGAGGGAGAAUAGUGGCAAAUAAUAAAGCUGAACUAAGUUUUAA